UCCGUCGUGCCCUGCAGACACCACUUCUUGGGGACUCAGGUUGCUGGGCUCACGUCUGAUGGGCGGGCAGGUGAGCGCGUCAGGCAGCUUCCCAAGCCUGUCUUGCCCCAGGAACACAAAUGAAAACUCGGACUGGAUGUCCGCACUGUGCCCCCAGCUCUGGGAUGUGCCCCUGCACCACCUCUCCAUCCCAGGCAGCCACGACACGAUGACCUACGGCCUGAACAAGAAAUCCCCCAUUUGCAACACCGAGUCGCGGCUGCUGCAGCUUCUGGCCAAGGUCCUGCCGUGUGUCACGGUGCCCGCCGUGCUCAAGUGGUCCGUCACCCAGGUGCUGAGCGUCACGGAGCAGCUGGACGCCGGGGUGCGGUACCUGGACCUGCGGAUCGCCCACAUGCAGGAGGGCUCCGAGAGGAACCUGCACUUCGUCCACAUGCUGUGCACGGCCCUGCUGGUGGAGGACACACUCACGGAAAUCUCAGAGUGGCUGGAGAACCACCCCCGGGAGGUGGUCAUCCUGGCCUGCAGGAACUUCGAGGGGAUGACAGACGCGCUGCACGAGUACCUGGUCACCUGCAUCAAGAACAUCUUUGGGGACAUGCUGUGUCCCCGAGGGGAAGUGCCGACGAUGCGCCAGCUGUGGGCGCGGGGCCAGCAGGUCCUCCUGUCCUACGAGGACGAGGGCGCCGUGAGCCGGCACCAGCAGCUGUGGCCUGCGGUCCCCUACUGGUGGGGGAACCAGGUGAAGCCCGAGAAGCUGAUCCAGUACCUGGAGCACAUGAAGAGCUGCGGCCGCCCAGGCGGACUGUUUGUGGCCGGCAUCAACCUGACGGAGAACCUGGAGUACAUCCUCGUGCACCCGGCCGGGUCCCUGAAGAAGAUGACGCUCCCCAGCCUGCCGCACCUGACAGCCUGGGUUCGGGACCAGUGCCCGGGGCCAGGCCCCUGCUGCACCAACAUCAUCGCCGGGGACUUCAUCGGCGUGAACACCUUCGUCAGCGACGUCAUCAGACUCAACGAGAAGCUGCUUGGGUGCUGA